GAGCUGUCAGAUGAUGAUUAUGUCUCUGGUGAUAAUGGAGGAAUACUGAGAUCACAUCCUUCAUCUAGUGGUUACGAUGACUAUAAUGAUGAUGACGAAGAAAAUAGUGAAGAGGAAGAAGAUAAUAACAAAAGAGCUCAUGCGUUGGACAAAACCGAUGAUACUGGUGCUGAGUUCGACCAGUUAGACAGUCCACCAUCUAAUGAAGUCAUACCUAGUGAGCGAGAAAUGUAUUACUCGAAAGAAGUUGGGAACAUGAUUUACGGGCAGACCUCUUACAAGGAGGAUGUGAGGUUUGAUUCUGAAGUAGGACAAGGAAUAAGCUUAUUUGUAGAGGUUGAUACUAUUCCCAUUCCAGGACCUCCAGGAUCAUUUUUA